GGUGCUGGGGCCGGGCCGGUGCCGCCGCCGAGCCCCGGCUCGUCCCGCCCCGCCGGCACAGGAGCCACCAUGGCGGCAGAGCGGGACCGCGAGCGGGAGCUGAGCUUCUACCGACGGCUGCCCAAAGCGGAACUCCAUGCUCAUUUGAAUGGCUGUAUCAGUACUGCUACUAUGAAGAAACUCAUGGCCCAGAAGCCAAACCUUCAGAUCCAGAAUGGAAUGACUGUGAUUGACAAAGGAAAGAAAAGAACUUUAGAUGAAUGUUUUCAGAUGUUUCAGAUCAUCUAUCAGGUUACCACGAGGACUGAAGAUAUUUUACUGAUAACUAAAGAUGUCAUUAAAGAAUUUGCUGAUGAUGGUGUUAAGUAUCUGGAAUUGAGAAGCACUCCAAGAGAAGAAAAUUCCACAGGUAUGACCAAAAGGAUGUAUGUUGAAACUGUGCUUGAGGGUAUAAAGCAGUGUCAAGAAGAAGGCUUGGAUAUAGAUGUAAGGCUGUUAAUAGCAAUAAACAGAAGAGAUGGCCCAGCAGUUGCAAAGCAGACUGUUAAACUUGCUGAAGAGUUCCUGCUUUCCAGUGAUGGGGUUGUAGUAGGACUUGACCUCAGUGGUGAUCCCACUGCAGGACACGGUCAAGAUUUUUUGGAACCUCUCUCUGAAGCAAAGAAAGCAGGUCUGAAGCUGGCACUGCAUCUUUGUGAGAUUCCAAAUCAAGAAGAGGAGACCAAGAUUCUCCUGGGCCUGCCUCCUGACAGAAUUGGACAUGGAACAUUUCUCAACUCCACAGCAGCAGGUUCUGAAGAGAUAGUGUCACUGGUUCAGCAGAAUCAUAUACCUAUUGAAUUUUGCAUGACAUCAAACAUAAAAUCUCAGACAGUGCCUUCCUGUGACAAACACCAUUUUGGAUACUGGUACAGCAUGGGCCAUCCUGCAGUGCUUUGUACUGAUGAUAAAGGCGUCUUUGCCACUGACCUGUCGCAAGAAUAUGAGCUGGUUGCAAAAACAUUUAAUCUGACUCGAUCACAGAUGUGGGAUCUUUCCUAUGAAUCACUCAACUAUAUUUUUGCUUCAAAUGCAGUAAAAUCCAAGCUGAGGGAGCAGUGGUGUAAGCUGAAGCCAACUCUGUUUGAUUAAUCAAACUGUUGUCCUAAAUAGCUCGGGUAUAUUUGAGUUAAUAAGCUUUUUUUACUGAAGUCUCUGGCUUUUUUCAGACCUCAGGGUUUUAAACUCACUCAUGCCUGUGUGAAAUUAAGGCAACUGGAAUGCAUCCCUUGUAACCGGGGACAGAAGUAAAUGUUCUUUUGGUAGGUAAGAAGGGCUCUCAACCAGUGACUAAAAUGCCAGAUGUGUUGUCACCUUGUUUCUCUUGAGCUGAUACGACAUUUUAAAAGAUACUUAGUUGAAAUAUGUCAUCAUAAUAUAAACACUGAAGAGCUGGAACAAAAUAAAGGCAGAGCUAUUUUAAAGCAUCUCUGUUGGCAGCAUUCA